GAGGAACAACAACAACCCUCCUUGUUUGCUGACACUUAAGAUCUCCAGUGUUUCCUGAAGCAUCUGUGGAAGUUUAUUAACACCAUCUGAUACUCUUUUUACCCUUGCUAUUUACAGUACCACAUAAACAACUUUGAAUGUGUUGUAAUGAACUGUAAAAAAAAGUGUAUUUAUUGCUCAGAUAUUUAAGGAAAAUCUUUAAAAACAUGAGUGAUCUCAAAGAGAAAUAUAUAAACUUAGCCUCUUUAUAUGUUAAAAAUGUUUUUAAUACACACAAAAAGUGUUCAUUUAGAAAGUAAACCAUAUCUGUGUUAAUGAGAGCUCUUGCAGGUAACUAUAUGAGUAUUCAUUAUUAUUAUUAUUAUCAUUAUUAUUGUUAUUGCAUUCUUGGGGAGUGCUAACCAUAUAAGGGGACAGAACACUUUCUUAAUCAGCUUUGAUCUUCUACCAUUUAUAGGCUUUAUUAAAACACCACAUGUAACUCUGACCUGGAGGAAGGGAAGGCAGUCAGGUUCAGUCCAAGGAAGAGAAGGUCAGGUCUAAUACUAUGGAUCAUGUGCCCCUCAUUGACCUCCAGGAACCUCUCUUGAAAGAAUAUCAGUGUUCAGAAUGUCUGAAAUGUUUUACAAAUAAAAGUGAUCUUGAAAGACACAUGAGAGUGCAUACAGGAGUUAAGCCUUAUCAGUGUUUAGAGUGUCUGAAAUGUUUUAGCCAAAAAAGUAAUCUUGUAGAACACAAGAAAAUUCAUACAGGAGAAAAGCCUUAUCAGUGUUUAGAUUGUCUGAAAUGUUUCAGUAAAGAAAGUUAUCUUGUAAAGCACAAGAAAAUUCAUACAGGAGAAAAGCCUUUUCAGUGUUCAGAGUGUCUGAAAUGUUUUAGUCAAAAAAGUUAUCUUGUUAUUCAUGAGAACAUUCAUACAGGAGAGAAACCUUAUCAGUGUUUGGAGUGUCUAAAACACUUUAGCCAAAAAAGUAAUCUUGUAGAACAUGAGAAAAUCCAUAAAGGAGAGAAGCCUUAUCAAUGUUCAGAAUGUUUAAAAUGUUUCAGCAAUAAAAGUUAUCUUGUAAAGCAUGAGAAAAUUCAUAUAGGCAAUAAACCUUAUCAGUGUUCAGAAUGUGUAAAAUGUUUUGUCUCUAAAAGUUGUCUUGAAGGACACUUGAGAAUUCAUACAGGAGAUAAACCAUUUCAGUGUUCAGAGUGUCUGAAAGGUUUUAGCAAGAAAAGUGGUCUUAUAAGACAUGUGAAAAUUCAUACAGGAGAGAAACCUUAUCAAUGUUCAGAGUGUACAAAAUGUUUUAUCACUAAAAGUUAUCUUGAAGGACAUACAAGAAUUCAUACAGGACAGAAACCCUAUAAGUGUUCAGAGUGUCUGAAAUGUUUCUGCACUAAGAGUGAACUUGUUAAGCAUAAGAAAAUUCAUACAGGAGAGAAACCCUAUAAGUGUUCAGAGUGUCUGAAGAAUUUUGGCAAUAAAAGUGAUCUUGUUAAGCACAAGAAAAUUCAUACAGGAGAGAAGCCUUAUAAGUGUUCUGAAUGUUUGAAAUGUUUCAGUAAUAAAAGUGAUCUUAUAAAACAUGAGAAAAUUCAUACAGGAGAGAAGCCUUAUCAGUGUUCAGAAUGUUUGAAAUGUUUCGGUAGUAAAAUAAAUCUUGAAGGACACAUAAGAAUUCAUACAGGAGAAAAACCGUAUCAGUGUUCUGAGUGUUUGAAAAGUUUUCGUAGUAAAAGUAAUCUUUUAAGACAUAAGAAAAUUCAUACUGGAAAAAAGCCUUAUCAGUGUUCAGAGUGUCUGAAAUGUUUCAGCCAAAGAAGUAAACUUGUAGAUCACGAGAAAAUUCAUACUGGAGAGAAACCUUAUCAGUGUUCAGAAUGUUUGAAAUGUUUUAGCACUAAAAGUCAUCUUGUAAUACACAUGAGAGUUCAUACAGGAGAGAAGCCUUAUCAGUGUUUAGAAUGUCUGAAAUGUUUUAGCAGAAAAAGCAAUCUUGUACAUCAUAAACAAGUUCAUACAGGAAAAUGAACCAUGUAAGUGUAAGGGAGUUCAUGCAAUGAAGAGUCCACAUCAUAUUCACUGUGUUUAAGAUGUUAUAGUAGAAAAAAAUGGUCUUGGAGCACAUUAACCCUUUCACUGUUGGUGGCGUAUAGGUACGGCUUAUGAGCCAGUGUUGGCGACAUUAAUAUACCAAAAUUCUAGCGGCUUCAAAUCUAGCAGAAGAAGGCUGGUAGACCUACAUGUGAGAGAAUGGGUCUGUGUGGUCAGUGUGAGCAGUAUAAAAAAAAAUCAGGGAGGGUGCAGUGCAUUGUGGGAGUGCUAAUUCAGUAUGCCUUGGUCACCAAGCCUAGCAGUAAGGAAUACCUUACUUCCCAGUGAAUUGGGACUCUUCCCUUCCCAAGUGAGAGUUCUAACACAGAUUGAAGUGUCAAUGAAGAUGAAUCUCAUGGUUUUGAGGAGUUUGUGACUGAAAACAAUGCCCAGGAUACCAGAAAUAGCUGAAAACCCAGAUGAUCAUCAGCCUUCCACCUCUGGUGCUGGGCCAUCCAUUCAUGUUCACUUGUACCACAGCAAAAGAGGAAACUCAUAAUUUCCCAUGUCUCAAAGAAUAAGUAAGUAAGUAAGUUUAUUCAGGUAUACACAGAUACAUUUACAUAGAAUAUCAUACAUAGCAGCAUAUGUGUAGAUUACCUAGGAUAACCCAAAAAAGUCAGACAAAGUGACUUAUUUUCAUAUGGGUGAUAGGGAAGACAGCAUGGUUGGUGUGGAAGGCAGUGUGGGUUGUGGAGAAGGCAGCAUGGAUUUGUGUAAGCAAGUUUUAUAAACAAUAUAAUGAUGAUAAUGUUUUUGCAGUUAUUGUGUUGCAUACAAUGAGUGGAUAUACAGUGGACCCCUGAGUUUCGUGAUUAAUCCGUUCCAGAGAGCCCGCCGAAGGUCGAAAUUCACGAAACUUGAAACCAUUUUCCCCAUAAGAAAUAAUGGAAAUAAAAUGAAUCCAUUCCAGACACCCAAAAAUAUUAAAAUAAUUUUUUUUUUUCAAAUAAAGAUUUACAUAAUGAAAACAAUCAGAAAUCAAAUACAGGUCCGCCAUCACAAAUCCGGCAAUCAGUUAUUCGGUUCCUUCAGUUAUUCGGCAUUAAUAUUGGCUAGCAUAAUUUCAAAUUUCCAGGGUCACCACACCAACCUGCUGGUACUGUUUGGUGGUGCUACUUGCUGCAUAAGUCAUUCCAAUUUCUUUUUCUCUAUUUAUUGUUUUAACCUGCUUACUUUUAGCUCUAGCCAUGAUUCCAGUGAAUAAAAGAAAUGCUUCUCAUCAUGUAAAGCACCUACACAGUACAUUAUCCAUUAAAGAUAAGGUGGCUUUGAAGCCACUGUCGGUUGCCAUGAACUCAGUCUCAUGAAGCAGGAGAAUAUGCUUUAUUAUUACGCUAAUAUCAACACUACAGCUUAUUUGCCUAUCACAAUUGAUCUAAUAUGACAUAAUAAACAAUAUAAAUAACAUAAAACAUGUUAAAUACUCCAGAAUGAAUAAUAUUUGGCAUAAUACCGAGCACUUCGAUGGAGGUAUGAAGUGAAUAUGGUAUAAAAAUACCAUUCUCCUAUCCCUGUCUUGGGGCUUAUAUUAGAGAAAAUGGAGUGUACCACAGGGCUAACUGUGAUAUACACUCGUACUGCACCAUAAACCUGAAACAAAAAAGUUAUUUUCUCUCUAUAGAUUAUCACACAUAGCAGCAUAUGUGUAGAGAACCUAGGAUAACCCCCAAAAAAGUCAACGUGGCUUAUUUUUAGCACCUGGCUUGGGUUAGCCAUAUAUGAUUUUUCGUAAAUAUUCAAUUCCCAGCCAGGGUAGAAACAUUAGGCGUGUUUCUUUACACCUGUUGUCUAUGUUUACCCAUCAGUAAAUGGGUACCUGGGUAUUAGCCAACUAGUGUGGGUGUUAUCCUGGGACACUGACCUAAUUUUCUAGAAAUGCUCUGCAUAACAAGCAGCUUUCUAUAUAGUAGUAUGUCACUGAUGUCAGCUAGGCCUGUAUACCUUGUACAUGUAUGUGUAGUAAAUAAAGAUAUUAUUAUUACGUAUAUUAUUAUUAUUUUCUCAGUUGUUUGUUGGGUUAUCUUAUUCAAACUUGGGCAAUGUAUGAUGGAAAGAUACUUCUUCACGUACACCAAAAAUGAAAGAAAUCAGACCAUAAAUAGCGGAGUUCACUUCUCAGCCAUUAGCGGCCACUUAGCGGUAUAUUUUUGUAUGGUUGUUAUGGUUAUAUUCUCAUUUUUUCGGUCUCAUUUGAUAGAAUGAAAGAUAUAUUACAGAAAUAGAUAUGAUUUUGAUUGCUUUCAUGACGAAAAGUACCUUGAAAUUGCGCUCACAGUAGCGAAAAUGUUCUAUUCUUUAGCGAUGUUCAAGAGUAAACAAAUGACGUCACCGUCCAAUACCUGUCCACCUGCCAGUCUAAAUUUCAGUACGGAGUCAAGAAUGGCUUGACAUUAUUUAUACAAUUAUUACAAUAAUGCAGUAGUCUGCAUAACAGUAAAUCUUCUAUUUUUUGUGAAUAAAAAUUCCAAAUGAAAAGCAAGAGUAAUAUAAGAGGGACCUGUAGCCAUGAAUAAUGAACAGAGAAAAUGUUAUUUUAGUGCCAAGAAUGUCUGCAUUGUUUAUUCUGGACCCUAUUUUGAAAUUGGCAUCUGUUGAAAUUUUUGUAAAAUCGGCCAAAUUGCCAAUUUCCGACCACUUUAUUGGGUAGUUGAAAUAAGUGAAUAGGCAGUUUCUUGUACUCAGUUGACAGACUAGAAGUAAAUAAGUUUAUUCAGGUAUACACAAAUACAGUUACUGUACAUAGAUUAUCAUACAUAGCAGUGUAUGUAUAGAGAACCUAGGAUAACCCAGAAAAGUCAGACAAUAAGACUUAUUUCCAGUACCUGGCUUGGGCUUGCCAUAUAUGAUAUUUGGUAAAUAUUUUUUUUCUCGGUUGUUUGUUGGGCUAUCUCAUUGAAACUUGGGCAAUGUAUGAUGGAAAGAUGCUUCUUAACGUACAACAAAAAUAAAAAAGACGGACGAUAAAUGAGGGAGUUAACUUCUCAGCCAUUAGCCACCUCUUUGCAGUAUAUUUUCGUAUGGUUUUCAUGGUUGUAUUCUCAUUUUUUUGGACUCAUUUGAUAGAUUGGAAAUAGACAUGAUUUUGAUUGCUUUCAUGACGAAAAGUACCUUGAAACUGAGCUCAAAGUAGCGGAAAUGUUUGAUUUUUGCCGAUGUUCAAUGAACUGUGUAUGUCAAGUUGGCUAAUUUUAUUAAGUGUAUUCUAACCUAACCACUCUGUAAUUCAGUAAACUCAGUAAUCCGGCACACUACAGGUCCCAAUGAUGCCGGAUUUGUGAUGGAGGACCUGUACAUGCAUUUAAAAAAAUAAUAACAUUACACUUACCUUUACUGAAGACUUCUGGGUGGAUGGAAGACGGGAGGAGGGGAUAGGAGGAAGGUGUACACUAUUGUUUGGAAGGAGAAUCUCCUUCCAUUAGGACUUUAGGUAGCAAGUCUUUUUCUGGGGUUACUUCCCUUCUUCUUUUUAUGCCACUGGGAACAACUUGAGAGUCACUGGACCCCUGUCGCUUGGUGGCCCGGUGGCCUGGUGGCUAAAGCUCCCGCUUCACACACGGUGGGCCCGGGUUCGAUUCCCGGCGGGUGGAAACAUUCGACACGUUUCCUUACACCUGUUGUCCUGUUCACCUAGCAGCAAAUAGGUACCUGGGUGUUAGUCGACUGGUGUGGGUCGCAUCCUGGGGGACAAGAUUAAGGACCCCAAUGGAAAUAAGUUAGACAGUCCUCGAUGACGCACUGACUUUCUUGGGUUAUCCUGGGUGGCUAACCCUCCGGGGUUAAAAAUCCGAACGAAAUCUUAUCUUAUCUUAUCUGUCGCACAAAAUAUCUGUCCAGAGAGGUCUUUUUCUGGCGUUUCUUUAAGAUUUCCCUGAAGUGGGACACAACACUGUCAUUGUACAUGUUGCAGAUAUGGCUUGUUUCAGCUUGGUCAGGGUGAUACUUUUCAACAAAACUUUGCAACUCAUUGCACAUUCCACACAUGUCCUUAAUCACUGAAGAAGGCACCUCAUCCACUCCCUCUUCCUCCUCCUCUGAAGCAAGUUCUUCGGCUGUGGUCUGAUGCUGUUCGUCAGUGGUUAGCUCUUCCCUGUGGUCCUCCACCAACUUUUCAACAUCCCUGUCACUCUAUUUACCAAAGGGCUUGCACUAGCUUUCCUUGGGUCCAUGAUGACUUAUUUAGCAGUUGCAAGCACAAAAAAACAAUGGAUUAUUAUGAAAUGUAUUGUAUGAACCAUGCGGGGUGAUGGUCAUGUGUUGGUAAACAAUGGCACACUGAGCGUGAAUGGCAUGGGAGACUGGCUUGGUGUGCGCAGUGACGGGCACCGGACGGUUGCCAAAACACGAGUCUUUUCACGAAACUCAAGGCCAAAUUUUUCCAAAAAAAACUCACCGAAGGUCGAAUUUCAUGAAAGUCGAGGCUGCCGAAACUCGGGGGUCCACUGUAUAUACAGUGGACCCCCGCAUAGCGACUUUAAUCCGUGCAAGAGGGCUGAUUGUUAUGCGAAAUGUUCGGUAUGCGAAUGAAUUUUCCCCAUAAGAAAUAUUGGAAAUCAAAUUAAUCCGUGCAAGACACCCAAAAGUAUGAAAAAAAAAUUUUUUACCACAUGAAAUAUACAUUUUCCUACACACAAAGAGAAGGAU